GUGGCCGCGCGCACAUCCAAGUGAAGGCAGUUGGUUUCGAGUCACCCGUUGGCCGUUGCAGGCCGAGUCGGCCGAGUCCGUGGCGCGCGCACAGCCGCACAGCAGUCGCGCAGAAGUCGCCCGGAAGUCAAGAUGAGGAGAAUCUUCCUCCUCGCCGUGGUGGCCGUCAGCGUCUCGACAGUGUACUCGCAGAAGAGCGACAAGGGCAAGGAGGACUUCCAAUGCCCCGAGGGUUCCGGCAACGGAAACUUCGCGGACCCCACCACGUGUAGAAGAUUUUACCAGUGCGUGGAUGGCUACCCGUACCUGAACCGCUGCCCCGCCAGCCUGUACUUCGACGACGUCAACAAGCUCUGCACGUUCAAGAACGAGGCGCGAUGCGGCCCACUGCCUACUACCCCCGCACCCAUCACCGAGACCCCCGUGGACCUGGCGCAGAAAUGUGACCCCUCCAAGUGCCAGCUGCCCUACUGCUUCUGCUCCAGGGAUGGCACCCUCAUCCCCGGAGGGCUGGAGCCCGCCGAGACUCCGCAGAUGAUCCUGCUGACGUUCGACGGCGCCGUCAACAUCAACAACGUGGAGCACUACCAGAAGGUGCUGACCGACCAGCGCAAGAACCCCAACGGCUGCCCCAUCCGCGGCACCUUCUUCAUCUCGCACGAGUACUGCGACUACCACAUGGUGCAGGACCUCGCCUCCAAGGGCCACGAGAUCGGCACCGAGACCAUCUCGCUGCAGCAAGGCCUGCAGGACAAGGGCUACGAAGAGUGGGUCGGCGAGAUGAUCGGCCAGCGGGAGAUCCUGCGCCACUUCGCCAACGUUUCGAGGAGUGACAUCACGGGGAUGCGGGCACCCUACCUCAAGCCCGGCCGCAACACGCAGUACGAGGUGAUGGAGGACUUCGGCUACAUCUACGACAGCUCCAUCGGCAUUCCCCCGUCCAGGGUGCCCAUCUGGCCCUACACCCUCGACUACAAGAUACCCCAUGAGUGCAAGUCGGGCACCUGCCCCACCAAGACUUUCCCAGGCAUCUGGGAGGUGCCGCUCAACGCGCACUACGUGGAGACCUACGAGGGCGGCCACUGCCCGUACCUGGACCAGUGCGUGCUGCACAACCACAACGCCGACGAGGUGUUCGAGUGGCUCAAGGAGGACUUCAACCGCGCCUACAAGCAGAACCGAGCGCCCUACAUGAUGCCCUUCCACACCAACUGGUUCCAGAUCAAGGAGCUGGAGCAGGGACUCCACAAGUUCGUCGACUGGUCAAAGAGCCUGCCGGACGUCUGGUACGUGACGGUGACACAGGCCUUGGUGUGGAUGACCGACCCGCGGCCCGCCAAGGACCUCAACUCGCUGGAGGCGUGGAAGUGCGACAAGAAGGAGAACCUGCCCCCGCCGGCGUGCAGCCUGCCCAACAGCUGCGCCGUGCCCUUCAAACCGCCAGAAGCCAACUUCUCCGCUACAAGGUACCUGACAACUUGCCGGAGCUGUCCGAAGAGAUAUCCCUGGCUGGGCGAUUCCGAGGGAACUGGCAUUGAUGGCAAGGACCAGUACACACCAGAGAACUGAACAGGGAAGGCCAGAGGGCACCCCAUGGGGCACCCCUUUCCCUUCACCACUGCCUCCAUUCUUUUCAAUGUUAACUUAGCGACAGGAUCGUAUCAUGAUCGUAUGGUGGGCAUUCCCUUUUACAACUAGCAUAACUACAGCAAUUCGGGAGACAAAAGAAAAAAAAUCUGAGAAAUACCCAACACAACACUUGAUAUUCAGUUUUAACUUGUUAGGUCACAAACACAUACAGUAAAAUUGUCUGAAGUUAAACCCCUUCUCAUGAUCAAACAAUGAUUCUACAAUCUCUAUUACUUGUGCUGUGGAUGACAUCAGAAGACCUUUUUGCAUUGUAUCAAAACUGAAGCUUCAUUCAACGAGUGAAAUUCAGAAAUGCUAUUGACUGUUAUUUUUUUUCAACAAUGUUGUUACAUAAGUGAAUAAGUAAAUUUUAAUUUUGUAAUUGUUCUUCUUUGUAAAAAGACUUUAUUAUUAUUAUUAAAACAAUUUUAAGAAA